AUGGCAAGAAGAAUAGCGCUUCUAGUGCAGACGAUCGUCUCUGCUGCCUUCCCCGAAUUCAUACUCGUCCCAGAGCAACAAAACUACCUCCUGGAGUCGCAGAAGUCGAUCGAUCUUCAGUGCGUCUUUCAAAACGCCGACGAAAUCUCCUGGAAAUGCAACGGCAGAUCGGUUCCGGACAAAAGCUUCUCAGUCUCGGAUGAAGAUGGCGUCGUCAAAUCCGUCCUUACUGUUAGCCGAAUGGAUGUCCUGUCAUUCUUCGGCAAUGACGACUACUGGUGCAUGUGUCAGAUCCGAGAUGGGAAAAAUUCGGAGCAGUCUGGAUGGGUCAAAAGCCAGCGAUCCUUCAUCGUUCAUUCUUAUCUUCACAACAAAUUCCAAAAGCCUCUUCCCCAAUCAGGCGGAGUAAAAUUCGGAGAGAAGUUUGUCCUCGAUUGCCGGCCCCCAGCUGGGAAUCCAAAACCAUUAGUUUCGUGGCUCAAAGAUGGUGAGCCGAUCAAAAUCGACGGCGAAAACUACGAAUUGACGAGCCAGGGCGAUUUGAUUGUCAAUACUGUUGACAAGACUGCGGCCGGCAAUUACACUUGCAGAGCCAGCUCCGUUGUUGGAAGUCGUCUUUCGCCCCCGGCUAGUGUUUUUGUCUACACCGAGCCAACCUGGUCUGACUGGUCAGAUUGGUCCGCCUGCGAAGUCAACAACGACUCCGGCUGCGGCUCUGGCUACCAAAAGCAAACACGCUCCUGCUCUAACCCCCUUCCAAUGUACGACGGAGUCAAAUGCCGUGGCCCAGCAAAACGCCUCGAAAAAUGCUUUGUUAUGUGCCCAAACGCUCGCGGGAACAGUUUCAAAAGCAUCGCCGCUUCUGAUCCUUUAGAAAAUAAUCAUGAUGAAGAGAGCGGCGACUUGGUGGUGGUGGCGUCGGUGACUGGCGCCGCCUGUCUGCUUUUCCUGCUCGUCGUGGCGGGCGCCCUUUUCGUCAAAAACCGGCGCAAGUUUGACUACUUCAAGCACAAUCCCCACAAGGGCGCCCAGUUUACUGCCAAUCAAGAUUUCGAUAUCAUCCGCGUCCCAACUCACGCUCCUGAAUACUCGGCCUUGACCAGCAGAAAAGACGGCCACUUCGAAACCAUCGAGAAUCUGCUCUACAGAUCUGAAUGCUCGAAGAAAACGACUCUCACGGAUCUCGGCUCGAACGGCUCUUCCAACUCCGAUGGAGUUUACCACCACGUCCCAACUUUCCCAGCCAAAGGGCCAGCUGGGCAGAAUGCGACUUCUUACCAACCAGUACCUCAGCAAACAUCUCCUAAUUCUCCAUAUCACCCAGUUGCGCCCAAUCAGCGGCCUGCUAGCCCUCUUAUGCAACCCCCAGUCUAUCAAUAUGUCAACCCGUAUUCCUAUUCUUACAAUCCCAAUCCUCAUACAUCUCGUUAA